AUGGAGACUGCGUGGGAAGUUGAAAACAUAAUACGUCAGCGGGGUGGGACGCCCGCCACAAUAGCUAUCCUUAAGGGUCAAUUAACCGUUGGCCUGACCGAGGAGCAACUUCAGUAUCUGGCUAAGGCCGAGGGCGUAGUGAAGGCGUCUCGGAGGGACCUGGCGCCCAUAAUGGCGUCCGGUGUCGACGGAGCCACGACCGUAGCGGGAUCAAUUGUGACGGCCGAGUUGGCCGACAUCGAUGUAUUCGUUACCGGAGGAAUCGGAGGUGUUCACCGCGAUGGUGAAAAAACAAUGGACGUAUCAGCUGAUCUGACCGAAUUGGGACGCAGCCGUACCUUAGUUGUCUGCAGCGGGGUGAAGUCAAUCCUAGAUAUUGGAAGAACGCUGGAAUAUCUGGAAACUCACGGGGUAUCAGUAUGCGCUUUCGGCGAUAGCGAUGAGUUUCCCGCCUUCUACACUAUGAGGUCCGGGUUGAAAGCGCCGCAUCGAGUCGCGGACGCGUCGCACGCCGCCCGCAUGCUCCACGCCGCGCGCCAACUGCGCCUGGCUUCAGGGAUCGUCGUGGCCGUACCGGUGCCGGCUAAGAAUGCUAUGGAUGAAAAGAUUAUAGAAGACGCGAUAAAAAGCGUCAUGGAAGAAGCAAAAACAAAAAACAUUCAAGGGAAAAACAUAACACCAUUUAUACUGAGUGCUGUGUCGAAGGCGACUAAAGGCACAUCUCUAAAUACAAACAUCGCUCUAAUAAAAAACAACGCACAAGUUGGCGCCGACAUAGCCGUCGAAUUUCAAAAACUGAAGAAUGCUAGCAACGCCCGGAACUCCUUUAAUAUUGGUACCUCAAAGAGUUCGGGGAGGAGGCAGUUUCACACUGCAUGCAAUUUGCGACCUAAAUACACGGGCCCUAAUGUCGAAGAAGGGUCGUUUAUUAAAGAGGAGAAUUCAGGAAACCCAGUGCUCGUCAUCGGCGGCGCGAACGUUGACAGAACGUUCAGAAUUUCGGAAGAUAACGUCAAGGGUUAUUUCCACGAGGCCGUCAGACGGCCAACGGGCUUACAAUUCGAAUUCGGAGCGUGUGUGGCGGCGAUGGUCGAGGCGGACACGGGCGCCCAUGCGGCGGACGCACACAGGGGCGCCGCGAGCCAUCGGCGGGUCCACCUCGAACCCGGCUGCGGGGAA